CGCGUGAAGGAUUGUGUGCCAAUGACAUGCCAAUGUGAAGUGAAAUGGCGGAAUAGCAUGGGGGUUUCUUCAUGUGAACUUUUGCAAUUAAUUGAUUCCUUGACUAACGAUUAAUCUGCAGUAUAUAGUACUCUAUUUCUGGGCUGAUGGUUGCGUCUGCCAACAAGUACCGAGUACGGCACCUCUGCUCGCAUACCCUUGGCAGUAACAGCGGCUUUUUGCUGCUUCUCUGCUUCUUUCUCGGUGCUACUACGAAACUACCUACUAGGUCGAUAACAUGCAAUCCAUUCUUUUUCCGCGACCUGCAUGCACGUAAGAUGCUUUGGGGCAUGAGAAAAUUUUCAAGUACAGUAGGGCCGUUGGCACUGACCCCAUAUUGACUCAUUCCCGUCCGCGUCCCCCAUGGCGGUGAAG